UUUUUAUCUUUCAAGAAAAGUGAACUUAUAUUUUUUAAUUGUCAUCGUCCAAUUUAAAUAUUCUGCUCCUCCUUUGUGCACAUCCAUUCACGAUUCAUUCAGAUUCAACAACAUCUAUGGGAAAUGCAAAAGAAAGAUAUGCUGUUGUUACAGGAUCAAAUAAAGGGAUAGGAUUGGAAACAGUUAAAGGGUUGGCUUCAAAUGGAGUUAAAGUGAUUCUUACAGCUAGAAAUGAGAAAAGGGGUCUUCAAGCUAUUGAGAAAUUGAAAGAGUUUGGAUUUUGGGAUAAUAACCUUGUUGUUUUUCAUCAGCUUGAUGUUACUGACCCUUAUAGUAUUGCAUCAUUGGUUGAGUUUGUUAAGAAUCAGUUUGGAAGACUUGAUAUCUUGGUGAACAAUGCAGGAAUCAAUGGUUUCAACACAGAUGACAUGGUGGCACCAAUUAUUAAUUGGAGGGAAUUGACUCAAACUUAUGAGAUGGCUGAAAAAUGCAUAAUAACAAAUUACUAUGGUGCUAAGGAAACUAUUGAAGCUUUUCUUCCUCUUCUUCAGUUAUCUGAUUCACCUGUUAUUGUUAAUGUUUCUUCAACAGCAGGACAAUUAAAGCACAUAUCAAAUGAUUGGGCACAUAGUGUAUUAGAUGAUACUGAAAAUCUGAAUGAAGAGCUAAUAGAUAAGGUACUCAAAGAAUUUAUGAAAGACUUCAAACAAGGUUCACUUGAAAACAAGGGAUGGCCAAUUUUCCUUUCAGCCUAUAAACUCUCAAAAGCUGCUGUGAAUUCCUACACAAGACUUCUAGCUUAUAGACAUAAAAACUUGUGUAUAAAUUGUGUUUGUCCUGGUUUUGUUAAAACAGACAUGAAUAGAAACACAGGUAAAUUGUCUGUUGAAAAUGGUGCUGCUAGUGUUGUUAGAUUAGCAUUACUUCCUAGUGGUUCACCUUCUGGUCACUUCUUUGCUCGCCAUGAUUUGUCAACUUUUUGAAUUUUUUUUAUUGUAUUAUUACAAUCUUGCAUUUUAAAGAGAAAUUAUAGGAUAUGUGUCUUGGUUAAUUAAAUAGUUUACUCAUUUGUU